CUGGCCAGCCUUAAAGAGCGUAAAAACAUGGGGCCAAGAGAGAUUUAAUGCACAGGUUGAUAUCCUUCUGCCCUGCUGAUGGCUACCACACUGCAGGACUGGAAUUGUACAGUAUUUUGUGUCCUGGCUUUGCUUCUGCAAUACUCUUGGGCUGGGUUGGAUUUUAGCUAUCAUCAUACAGCGAAAUUGGACUCUUUCCUCUGUGAUGUGAAUCAAAGUUAUCCCUCUAUUACCCACCUUUACAGUAUUGGAAAGUCUGUAGAAGGACGGAAUCUGUGGGUCGUUGCAAUCGGGGAGACACCAAAGUACCAUCGUGUCGGCAUUCCAGAGGUGAAAUACAUCGGCAACAUCCAUGGGAACGAGGCUGUGAGCAGAGAGAUGCUGCUCCAUCUGAUCGAUUACCUGGUCACGAGUUACGGAAAUGACACAAACAUCACCAAACUGAUCAGCAGCGCGAGGAUCCACAUCUUACCCUCCAUGAACCCCGACGGGUUUGAGGCGUCAGUGGUCGGCAAGUGUGGGGGCAAACUAGGCCGGUAUAACAAGAAUCACGUUGACCUGAACAGGAAUUUCCCCGACGCUUUCGGAAACAACACCAGCCCCCGCCAGCCGGAAACGGAAGCCAUCAUGAGCUGGAUCCGGCGGGAGACCUUUGUCCUCUCGGCCAGUUUGCACGGAGGGGCCAUCCUCACUGCCUAUCCGUUCGACAACAACGAAGAAGGUAUCAAUCGGUACAGUGAGUGCCCCGACGAUGACGUGUUUAAGGCCUUGGCCAAGGUUUACUCCAUUAACCAUUCCAUCAUGCACAAAGGGAAUUUCUGUAAGAUGAAAUUCCAGGACGGAGUGACGAAUGGAGCCGAAUGGUACAUCGUAAAAGGCAGUAUGCAAGACUACAAUUAUGUUUGGGGCCACUGUUAUGAGCUGACGAUUGAACUGUCCUGUUGCAAAUACCCAGCGGCCAAACACCUACCUGUCUACUGGAAGCAGAACCGAGCUGCCCUUUUAUUGCUAAUCAAACAUGUUCACUUAGGGCUGAAGGGCAGAGUCCUGGAUCAGAAGGGAAAUCCCAUUUCCAAUGCAAUCGUGAAACUCGUGGGGAGGAACAGUAUUUACCCUUAUGAAACGAACUCCUUGGGGGAAUAUUACCGCCUGUUACUACCCGGCCAUUACACGUUCCAGAUUGAAGCAAAGGGUUUUAAGCCCUUAAACCAGACAGUGGAAGUGCGAGACUCUGUGAGUGACUACUCUGCCACACCUCACAACUUCGUGCUCAGCCCUUCUCGCUGAGGCCAAGCCCCAAGAGAA